AUGGGCAAAGCCGAGCGAAAGAAGGGCGCCAGGGCCUCUGCAUCUCCAUACCAAAAACCCUCCAAGGGCGGCCAGGGCGCAGCAGGCAAAGCGGGCGCGGCCCUCUUCAAAUUCAACACCGACAUCGGUCAACACAUUCUGAAAAAUGGAGCGAUCGCAGACAACAUCGUCGACAAGGCGAAUGUGCAGCCAACCCAGACCGUGCUGGAAGUCGGUCCCGGUCCGGGUGUCCUGACGAGCCGGAUUCUGGAGAAGGCGAAGAACGUCAUUGCGGUGGAAUUGGAUCCCCGCAUGGCGGCCGAAUUGACGAAGAAGGUGCAGGGGACGCCGCAGGAGAAGAAGCUGCAGAUUGUGCUGGGCGAUUUCAUCAAGACGGAUUUGUCCAAGCUGCCGCAGUUCCAGGUCGUCAUCAGUAACACUCCUUAUCAAAUCUCCUCACCCCUCAUCUUCAAACUCCUCUCCAUGCCUAAUCCACCAAAGACGGCUGUUCUGAUGGUUCAACGCGAAUUUGCCCUCCGUCUGAUCGCCCGCCCCGGCGACCCCCUCUACUCCCGUCUCUCCGUCAACGUCCAGUUCUUCUCGCGCGUCUCGCACGUCAUGAAAGUCGGCCGUAAUAACUUCCGUCCCCCACCUCAAGUCGAGUCCAGCGUUGUUCGUAUAGAGCCCAAACCCGGCCGCCCCGAAAUCAGCUGGGAUGAGUGGGACGGUAUGCUUCGCAUCUGCUUCGUGCGCAAGAACAAGACUCUCCGCGCGGGGUUCAUGGCCACCAAGAUUCGCGCCAUGAUUGAGCGGAACUGGAUAACAUGGGCUUCUAUGAGUCCGGAAAAGGUUGCGCAGGGCGAUAUUGAUCUUCUUACGGGGAAGACGCCAUUCCCUGAGAAGUUCAGUGCGAAGGAGGCCGAUGGGGAUAUGGAUAUGGAUAUGGAUGGGGCUGAGGAUGACGCCGCGGGACCCAUCGUUGACGAAGACGACGUGGAUAUUUUUAUGGGCGAGCCGCAGAACAACAACAAAGGCGUGUCGGUUGCGCAGACGGGGCCCAUUAUCACGGUUGCGUCGCAUCAAGUUCCCCGGACUAUGGUUACGCGGUUGAUUCAGACUAAGAUCGAGCGGAUCCUAGAACAGGCUGGGCUGGCCAGUGCGCGUGGGAAUAAAUGUGACGAGAACGAUUUCCUCCGUCUUCUUGAUUCUUGCAAUUCCGAAGGCAUUCACUUUUCAUAA